GAAGACCAACAGCCGGCCAAAUAGAUAAUUGCUUGCACGAAACAAGGUAUCAUUGGAUAGUAAAAUCAAAGAAAAAAAUAAUUGUAUUUGAUCCACAUAUAUUAGGUGGGAGACAGCGACAUAAGAGGAUGAAUUUGGGUUGCAGAAAUGGAGACAGAAGGGCUGAGAAAAGUAGAGUAUGGUGGCUCUCUGCCUGUUCAGAAUGUCCAAGCUCUUUCUGCCGAGAAGCUGGAAGACAUUCCUGCCAUAUACAUCCGCCCAGAAUUAGAAUCUGAUGAAGUUUCUAUGGAUGAAUCCCUUCAGAUUCCUGUUGUUGACAUGGCCAAACUUGUUUCUGAUCAAUUUGCAGGCCAUGAUCAAGAACUGAAUAAACUCCAUUUAGCCUGCAAAGACUGGGGCUUUUUCCAGUUGAUCAAUCACGGAGUGUUGGAUGAAGUGAUUGAGAACAUGAAGAUUGACAUACAGGAGUUCUUUAAGCUUCCAUUGGAGGAGAAGAUGGCUUGUGCUCAGGAACCUAAUAACUUAGAAGGCUAUGGACAAGCAUUUGUUGUAUCAGAAGAGCAGAAACUUGACUGGGGAGACAUGCUCUUCCUUCUUACCCAACCUGUUUUCAUAAGAAACCUGAAAUUCUGGCCUACUAAUCCUCCUUCACUCAGGGCAACUUUGAACAAGUACUCAGCAGAGCUGCAAAAGGUUGCAAUUUGCCUCAUGAGGUCAAUGGGAAAGAACCUGGGGAUCGAUCCCGAGCAGCUUGCAGGCUUGUUUGAGAAUGGAACUCAAGGAAUAAGAAUGAACUAUUAUCCAGCCUGUGCGCAUGCAAAUAAGGUCAUCGGUCUAGCGCCACACUCUGAUGCUACUGGCUUGACCCUGUUGGUUCAGGUGAAUGAGGUAGAAGGCUUGCAGUUCAGGAAAAAUGGCAAAUGGGUACCCGUGAAACCUCUCCCCGGUGCAUUUAUCAUCAACGUUGGAGACAUAGUCGAGAUACUAAGCAAUGGAGAAUACAGAAGCAUAGAGCACAGAGCAAUGGUGAACCCCAAAAAGGAGAGGCUCUCAGUGGCUGCGUUCCAUAGCAUACAAGCAAAGGUCGGGCCUUUGCCAGAUCUUGUCAAGGAGAAGAAACCAAAAUUCAAAACCAUCACACAUGACCAGUACAUCAGCAUGGCUAUAUCCAACAAGCUUGAUGGCAAACACUUGCUGGAUCAAUUGAAGCUGUAAUUCACAAUCUUUCCAUUCUUUUUACAAGUCAAAUGCCAUAUGAAAUAAGUAAAAAUCAGUCAUUUUCCAUUUUGGCUUCCCUGUCAUCAUUCAAUUACAACCAUGUGAAGGUUUUGCUGAUGUAGAACUUAAUAAUUAUGCAAGUGAACA